UACUCGUUUAAAAAUUUAUUUUCCUCCAACUGCAACUGCUGAAAGUAAAAAAUGUUAAUUUGUGUAGAUUCUUAAUUAUAGUUUAAAUUUAAACUGUAUUGUAAAAUCUGUUUCACAAACGAUUAUUUUUAAAAUGUCAACGAACGGGAAUUUAAAAUACGUCGAAGAGCAAUUGCUGAAGUAUGUACCUCCAAAGUUAGUGCUUUCCUUCGAAAAUUUUAAUAUUCCCAAGUCGGUUUUCGAAGUUUUUGGCAAUAAAUCAUUCGAUAAUAAGCAAUAUAAUACUACAAGUGAUGUCAAUAAAAAAAUUGAAAAGGGAAAAUUAAAAGGACAACUCAAGGUUGAAGAUCCCACCAAAAAUCCCAAGGAUGAAAGAUUCAGACCUCGGAGAAUUAUGAGACCUUGGUGGAUUGUCAAUGAUUGUACACACGGCUGUAAAUUUACCAUUGCUAGAUUAUCACAUUUUAGAAGAGAGCAUAAGAUAAAAGCUCUUGCUGCAAAGAAAGGUGUCUCUGUAUUCAAGGUGGCUCCAAGCAGUAUUGAAAAAUUAAUCACACACAAAGAAAUAAUUGAUGAUCUUAAUGAAAUGGAAGAUAGAAUCGAGAUAGCAACCUGAAUGAGUUAAUAAAAUGUUAACUCAGAAACGAUUUAAAGUCAUCAUUCAAUUGCAAUUGCCAGUAGAAGAAUUCAUCAAGCAUGUUAGAUACAUUUUCAAUUAUGUUACUGUCUACCUGGUCUAAUUAAUAACCAAAGAUUAAGUAAAUGAAUGAACGAACAAUUUCACACCAAAAAAAUUCAUUUAAGGAUCUCAAAAUAUUUUAUUUAUAAUUUAUUGAAAAUAUAGAAAAUAAAUUAAUACGUAGGUACAUUGAAUGUUA